CAAAUAUAGACUGAAAUACAUCGCGGACUCGCGAAUAAACAAAAAUGGGGCUGAAAUCUGUGAUUUUCGGGGAAAGAACUAACAGUGACGACCUAAGUGUAGACGAUAUUAACGCCACGAUGGCGUUGGAACGUCGUCUCGAAAUGAGCACGGAAUUUUUUUUAGUGCCAAGUAGUAGCACCCCUAGUACGACGACAGUAAGUUACAUUUCAAAAACAGCAUGCGCGGGGUGCCCAGUAGAUACAGACAAAUUAGUGGGUAUUUUUCGAAACGAAGUUUGGGUCAUACCGGUGCUAGCACUAUCGGCAAUAACAAUGAUUCUGAUACUAGGUUUCGAGGUGUUUGUGUUGUGUAAAGCGUGGCGGACGACCCCUAGUCGAAGGCACUUAUUUUUGGGACAAAUGCUGUUACUAGGGUUGUUUUCAUGCGCGGGACUGUCAGCUGUAUUUGCGGCUUCUCCUACCCAACUUACGUGUGCUAUAGUGCGAUUCGGCACAGGAGUAGCAUAUACUAUAGUAUUCGCUUCGUUAUUAGUGAAGUGCGUUUUUUUAAUUAGUUUAAAUGGAGGCGUAUAUCUCCCAGCACCCUAUCAGGGAUUAUUAUUACUUUUCGCAAUUUUAAUACAAGUAGCUAUAGGGGUGCAAUGGCUAGUGACGAAUCCGCCCUAUGUAGACGAUGUUGCAGUGGAAAUGGUAGUGAGUCAGAAUAAACAUAAACUUUUACUGACUGUCGAAGAUAUUACUAACCCUAUUCUCAUACCGUUAUGUCGCACUCCUUACAUCGAUAUGCUUCUAUCGCUAAUUUACGUCGUCUUUCUAAUACUAUUCGUAACAGUUUUAGCAGUAAAAUCGAGAGGAAUCAGAGACAACUACCGAGAAGCGACUUAUAUUGGGUUAUCGGUGGGAUGCAGCAUUCCCACGUGGUUGAUCUGGACCAUGAGUGGACUGGUUGUUAAUGAAAGGCAUAAGGAUGCUUGUAUCGCCUUUGGGCUCGUUUUAUCUUCCGCUUUGGUAUUUUUAAUAAUGUUUAUGCCAAAGGGAAGGCAACUGGCUGCUAUGGGCAAGGAAGGUGUUUACGUUGAGGAUCGUGAGGAACGUUUUAGUACUCUGAGUCGAGCAGCUUCAGGAUAUUCUCCCAGCUUUUUCCAUUUCAAGCCGAUUAAGUAUGGAUUAGGACAUGGAUCGUCACACAAAAAUCAGAAUACGAUUACUACUUUGGGUGGAGGUAAGAAUUUAUAUUCAUCAUAA